AUGGGGGACGGUCAGAAGAUUUAUUCUUCUAAUCCAAAAGAUUACAAGCUCCUAGAAGAGGUUGGAUAUGGCGCCAGCGCAACCGUUUACAGAGCAAUCCACUUGCCUUCCAAUGAAGUGGUGGCCGUCAAGUGUUUGGAUCUCGAUCGAUGCGGUAGCAAUCUGGAUGAUAUUCGGAGGGAAGCUCAAAUAAUGAGCUUAAUUGAUCAUCCUAAUGUGAUCAGAGCGUUUUGUUCAUUUGUUGUCGACUGCAACCUUUGGGUGGUGAUGCCUUUUAUGGCCGAGGGUUCUUGCCUACAUCUCAUGAAGAUAGCAUAUCCUGAUGGAUUUGAAGAGUCAGCCAUCGGGCCUAUCUUGAAAGAAACUCUUAAGGCUUUGGAAUAUCUUCAUCGGCAUGGCCAUAUUCAUCGUGAUGUGAAGGCAGGAAAUAUAUUAAUGGAUAGUAAUGGGGAGGUAAAACUUGCUGACUUUGGUGUUUCAGCAAGCAUGUUUGACAGAGGUGAUAGGCAGCGUUCGAGGAGUACCUUUGUAGGAACUCCAUGUUGGAUGGCACCGGAAGUUUUACAGCCAGGAACUGGAUAUAAUUUCAAGGCUGACAUUUGGUCGUUUGGAAUAACUGCACUAGAGUUGGCUCAUGGACAUGCACCAUUUUCAAAAUACCCUCCAAUGAAGGUUCUGCUUAUGACCAUACAGAAUGCCCCUCCCGGGCUUGAUUAUGACCGAGAUAAAAGGUUUUCUAAGUCUUUCAAAGAACUGGUUGCAAUGUGUUUGGUGAAAGAUCAAACUAAGAGGCCAACUGCAGAAAAACUGUUAAAACAUUCUUUUUUCAAGAACACCAAGCCUCCAGAGCUUUCCUUAAAGAAACUAUUUGUUGACUUGCCACCACUGUGGAAGCGUGUGAAAGACCUUCAGCUCAAAGAUGCUGCACAACUUGCUCUGAAAAAAAUGCCUUCAGCAGAACAAGAAGCAAUAUCACAGAGCGAGUACCAGCGAGGUGUAAGUGCAUGGAACUUUGAUGUUGAGGAUUUGAAGCUUCGAGCAUCACUCCUGCAAGAAGAGGAUGAUAUACAAGAGAUCAAGGAAGAAGAUGGCUCGAAUUUGUACAUGAACCAUAAGGUGGUAUCUAGUUCUGGACCUGAAGUAGAAAAGCCAGGGACGUCAAGCAAUAAUACUUACAGAGAGAAGAUAAAUGGUGACGAGGUUCCUGUGGUUGAAAGUCCGAGCAAGAAGGAAAAAGUCUUUGAAAAUGAUUUACCAGAAUCUGAUAAUCAGGGGAAAACUGGUAUAAACAUAAGUGUGUCGAAAGCCGAUCUUCCUUUGUUGGAGAAGGAUAGUGCGCUAGCUAAGACUAGAAUUCAGAUGGGGAAGCCUCGUCAAACUCAGAGUGGACCACUAAUGCCUGGUGUUGUGCUUAGUCAUUCGAAGUUAGAAAGAACACGCUACUUAGAAAGAUGUGAGAUUGAAAACCAUCAAGUGGUUGAGAGGGCUCAACAGGUACGAAAAGCACCCAGCUUUAGUGGUCCUCUAAUGCUUCCAAACCGAGCUUCAGCAAACAGUUUAUCAGCCCCAAUCAAAUCUUCAGGAGGCUUCAAAGAUUCGAUGGACGACAAGUCAAAGACCAAUCUGGUACAAAUAAAAGGGCGAUUCUCAGUAACGUCUGAAAAUGUAGAUCUUGUAAAGGAUAUUCCAUUAAGUACAAGUUCUCGACGAAAUUCUCAGGAGUCACAGCUAAGGAAGUCCGCUAGUGUUGGAGAUUGGCUUUUUGAUUCUAAGCCGAUGCCUAAUAAUCAGUCCCCUAGGGAUAUCAGCAACAGCAAUGUACCUGCCUCAGUUCUCAUGCCUCAUCUUCAGAAUCUUUCUCAGCAAACAUCAAUUCAACAAGAUCUUAUAAUGAAUUUAUUGAAUAGCUUGCAACUAGUUGAGGUUGCAGAUGCUCCUCAAAAUGGGACACUGCCUCCGUUACCUCGUGGAGCAGAAAAUAAUGGAAGCGUUGAAUCAGCACUUUCUGAAAGGGAGUGUAUGCUGCUUAUGAAGAUCACAGAGCUUCAAUCAAGGAUGAAUAGUUUGACUGAUGAAUUAAAAGCAGAAAGACUAAGAUAUAUGCAAUUACAACAGCAGCUAAAUGCUCAACAGCACCCUGUAAAUUUGGAAUCAUGGUUUUUAUCCAAUUGUUCAAUAAACUCAGUAGAAGAUUCCAACCUUUCCCUGCAGCAAAUAAGGAGAAUGAUCAGCCUUAGAAGAUACAAUUUGGUUAAUUUAUUUAAUCAGUACGAAGAAACUCAGCCACCCCUUGUGCAGAAUCAUGUGGACACCUCAGUCCGAUUUGAACUAUUUGGUUGA